AUGUCAGAAUUUAACCCCAGCGAAUUUAUGGUGGAACCAACCAUAGAAAAUUUUAAUAGCCUGCGUAAAGAUAACCUAGUUACGCUAGCCAAGCAUUUAGGGCUAGAAGUAAGAAGUACCUUCAGAAAACGCGAAGUAUACGAUUUAAUCAAGGAACAUUUUGUUAAAGAAAAAACAUUCGAACAGUCUGUUUUCAUGGAACAAAGUAUAAAUACAGUAGAAAAUACACAGAUUAGUGAAGAUAGUGAAAUAAGCGAGAAAGACAGACAGUGGCAGAGAGAGCAUGAGAAAGUUUUGUGGGAAAGAGAACGAGAGAAACGCGAGUGGGAAAGAGAAAGAAUAGAGAAAGAAAGAGAGUUUAGAUUGAGGGAACAGGAAUUAGAGUUAAGAAAAUUGGAAUUAGAGGUUCAGGCAAAAGGGCAAAAUCUUAGAGUUAAUUCGGGUCAAAAAUUUGACGUGACCAAGCAUGUCCGAACGGUUCCACCCUUCCAGGAACGGGAAGUAGACCAAUAUUUCCUACAUUUCGAAAAAAUUGCCACAAAUUGUGAGUGGCCAAAAGACAGCUGGACGAUGCUGUUACAAAGUGUAUUAGUUGGUAAAGCUCGUGAAAUUUUUUCGCAACUUUCAGUAGAAUUAUCAGCUAAUUAUGAUACGGUAAAGGAACUUAUCCUUAAUGGCUACGAGUUGGUCCCAGAGGCAUACCGCCAAAAAUUUCGAAACUUUGAAAAAACUGACCACAAAACAUAUGUCCAAUUCGCCCAAGUAAAAGAACAGUUGUUUGACCGAUGGUGCUUAUCUGAGAAAAUCAAUAAAGAAUACAAAAAUUUGCGGGAACUGAUUUUAAUUGAGGAAUUCAAACGUUGCGUUAACCCCGAAGUCCGCACAUUUAUAAAUGAACAAAAACCUGACAGUUUCAUUGCAGCGGCCCGUUUGGCAGACGAUUUCGCGUUGACUCACAAGACCACAUUUGAAAAGAAGUCACAACCAAAUAAUUUUGACAACAGACACACACCGGCCAGAAAAUAUCUGCACGAUAACCGGGGAAAAUAUGACCCCAGAGCAUCACGCGACACGACUAAUCUAAGUUGGCGACGACCGCCACAAAAUUUCCAGCCGAAUAAAACGUCGGAAUUUCCGAACAAACGAAAUAAUUUUCCUUUCAGUACCAUCACUUGUGGCUAUUGUAAGCGUAAAGGACACACGAUGUCAGAUUGCUACAGAAAUCCACAAAAUCAAACAAAACCAACCGGCAUUGUUUCAACACCGGAUAACAACACAACAUCUGUUUUUGAUAGUAAUAAUGCUAGUGAUACUCAAGAGGAUUUGAUAGAGGUCAAAGCCAAUGCUGACCCUAUAAUGAAAGUAUUUGAACCAUUUGUAAAUGCGGCUAGUGUUUCACUUUUGAACAAUCCAACACAACGUAUUCCAGUUCAAGUAUUACGCGAUACUGGAGCGUCUCAAUCUUUAAUACUGACAAACACAUUGCCAUUUUCUGCGGAAUCAUAUUCCGGAAACAAGAUUUAG